GAAGGUAAUGAAAAGGGAGUAGGAUUUUAGGGUAAGUUGGAUAAAAAUCUCAAACUCAUUGGGUUUGGAUGAGGACAUACUUUCCUGAUGAUUAAUUUUGGUAGAGUUCUUCAUGACUUUAUUGAUUAUUGUUGUGUUUUUACUAUAAACAACAAACAAAAACCAAAUCUCAAGCACAAACAAUCUCUCCGGAUGGCUUUCUUCACUUCACCGAUUCCCCAUUUCUUCAAGAUCAUUCUCCACCACACUCUCAUCGAACGAAAGCUUGUAAGCAACCUAAUCCAAUCCACAUUCUCUCUGAUCCCUUCAUUUUCUUAUCAAUUUCUUUUUUUGCAGGAUCUUCCAAACAAGUUUGUUAUCAACAAUCGCGCUUCUUUGCUACACAACAACGCCACUCUCACCCUUCCGGACGGCGCAAACUGGGAGGUCGAACUCAAGAAAUCGGAUGGCAAAGUAUCGUUCGCAAGAGGCUGGCCGGAGUUCGUGGAGUUUUACAAUGUGAAAGCUGGAUAUUUCGUGGUUUUCAGAUUGGAAGGAAAUCGGUGCUUCAAUGUUCUCAUUUUCGACUUGAGUGCUACGGAAAUCGAUUAUCCGAUCAAACCGAGGAUCUUCCGCCGGCUGCGUAAGGAUCACACCAGAGCCUUCGAUCGCCGCCCGCCGAUUCUGCUUCCGAAGAGCGAGAACGAAGAUGAUGAGGACGACUCUGUUGUUGUGUUAAACGACGCCGUUUCGAGGAAGAGGAAAAGAGAAAAAGAUCACGAAGCUGCAUUUUGUUCCCUACGCGAGAUGAAGAAGAUGAUGAGGACGAACAUGAAGAUAAAGCAUCAACGAUUCACUACACCUCAACGAUUCAGCGAUGAUGAAGAAGAAGACGAAGACGAAGACGAAGACGAAGACGAAGAAGAAGAAGAAGACGAAGAAGACGACGAAGAAGAAGAUUACUCGUGGAGACAGAGGAAGUACAGAGGAUCAGCGCGUAAUCACGAAGACGGCGGCCGAUUUAGUCCAGAAUCGAUGAGACCUAUGCAUCCUCCAAGGACGCCGAAGCCAUUAACGGAGAAUCAAGAGCGAGUUCUGAGAAUAGCGAGUUCGUUCAAAUUGAGGACGAAGAAUCCUUCAUUCAUGGUAACGAUGAGGCCUUCCUACAUCCAAACAGGAAAUUACCUGAGUUUGCCGAGAAGCUUUGCGGAGAGGUACCUGCAAGAAUCGACGGACGUGAAGCUGGAAGUGGCGGACGGGAGGAUUUGGAGCGUGUGGUGCGGUGUACGGUGGGCGUUUACGAGGCGGCGGACGGAGUUGAAAUGCGGUUGGAAGAGAUUCGCUGUGGAUAAUCAGUUGAAGGAAGGGGACGUGUGUGUGUUCGAAUUGAUGAACAGAAUCCCCAAAGUGUUCUUCAAAGUCACUAUUUUCCGGCGACCGGCUAACUGAAUUCAUCAGUUUCCCGCUUUUUCUAUUUCUUUUUAUUGGCACCCUUUCUGCUUCAACCCGUGACUGUUUAACCUCACCCUACAUACGUCACAGGCACAUAUAGAAUUUCAGUUUAUCUAUAAAUGCUUUUUGUUAGGUGGUCCCGUCAAAUCGUAUUUUCAUAAAUAAUAAUAAUCCAAAAAU